GAUUUUUUUUCUAUAAUUUUUAUACACUUCAUUUUAUACACUUCAUUUUAGAGCACAGGAUAAGCAAAUAUGGCAGGUAAACUUGAAGAAAAUUGACAAAUCAAGAUGUGCUACACAGACUCUCACCCAAAACAACAGAGCGCUGUAUUGCAAACAAAAGGGUCACGGGCAAGCCUAUCCCAGCUGACUAUGGACGAAAGGCGGGGUACACCCUGGACAAGUCACCAGAAGAAGGUGAGAUGGAGAGUGUUACUGCUAAUGCCCUCAACACAGGGGGUGAAACAGGAGCACUAGUGGACGUCACGUUUCAGAAAAAUCCCUAUCAAACCCAGAAGUACCUGGAGGCAGAACCAAAAGCUUUAGGGGUAACACAAAUUAUGCUGAGUGUCUUUCUUUUGAGUAGCAUAUAUUUGCAUUGGAGUAAACGUUCACCGAUAGACAGUGCAAUCUCCACUUCAGUCAUCAUCAGUGCUAUCUUUUCUUCAUUUAGCAUAAUAGCUGGUAGUGUGGCAAUAGCAGCACAGAAUCUUCACCCUCCUACACUGAAGGCCUGCAUGGGGAUGCAGGUUGUGGCAUGUGUGUUGUCAGUGAUCUGCUUUUUCAUCACCUCGAGUCUAUUGCUAGAAUAUUCUGUGUUUUAUUCCUGCUGGUUCGACCACCACAAUGAAACAUCACAAAUGAGCAUGUGUAGGAGACUGUCGGCCAUCUAUCAGCAUACGAAGGGAAUAGAGCUCCUCAUGCAUGUGAUUCAGAUUGCUCUCUCUGUCACCUUGGCUGUUUUCUGCUGCAAAGUCAUCCAUUGCUGCUCACCAAGGACCAAUGUGCCUGUUAUUGUGGUGAACACCGCCCCCAGAUCCACAGUGAUGCCAGAGUCACAACCCAUUUAACUAAAGUUUUGUUUUACACACAUGCGUUAUAAAUGUAUUUUUAAUACUCAUAUAUACACAGCCUACAGUAUACAACCUAAGUUAGAUUUGUUACAUGUAUACAGCCUACAGUAUACAACCUGAGUUACAUGAUAAUAUGAUAAACUGUUAAAAUAACCUCACUAGAAUUCAAUGAGUAUAAUUAACAGUUAUUCCACGAAAUCGAGCCGUACAUGAGCUGAUAGCCGACGAGUUGGCUAUAAGCCAUGUAUGAUGAGAUUGAGUGGAAUAACUUUUUUUAUUCUAUCCACAUUCAUUGGAUUUUGAGAAACAGAGCAUUUUUAUCUCUCAUCUCAUUAUCUCUAGCCGCUUUAUCCUGUUCUGCAGGGUCGCAGGCAAGCUGGAGCCUAUCCCAGCUGACUAUGAGCGAGAGGUGGGGUACACCCUGGACAAGUUGCCAGGUCAUCACAGGGCUGACACAUAGACACAGACAACCAUUCACACUCACAUUCACACCUACGGUCAAUUGAGGCCCAAUCCCAAUUCUAAUUUCUACCCCUUCCCCUCCGCCUUCCCCUCCGCCUUCCCCUUGGCCCUUCCCCUUGAAACUGAGCUACAAGGGAUAGGGCUUGAAAUUCAACCCUUACGUAUUGGGAUAGCCCUUCAACGAUCGCAUACGUCAUCGCGUACCUCCGUCAGCGUUUACGUUAGCAAAACGCAACGCGUCAUUGGCUGCGACCAGCCGCUACAGUCAGAGCCAGAAAUCUCUGCUGGCAGGGUGUGAUUUGUUAACUAACACUACUGAAUGGGAUAUCUUUGGCGCUUCGUGCACCACAUCCGACAGAAUGAGGUGUCAGAACACUCAUGUAAACAAUAAAAGCGAGAAUAACAGAACAAAACGUACGCAGUAAAGCAACCGAAAACAAUACUCACUCCCAAAGCUUUUUAGCAGCAGCUUGGAUUUCAGAAAUCGCUGCUCAUUCUCAGCUCGAAAGCGAAUCAAGCGGCGUGUUUCCUCUGGAUAACAACUUAAAACACGUAAAUAAUGGAGAAAAUACAUUUAUGACAAUCUUUCGCCGCGGGAACCGCCAUCUUUCUGAAAUCCGCAUGAAAUCUCGCUGAAAUCCGCAUGGCAUUGUGGGAAAUCACUCAAACCCCUUCGUUCGGAGUCUGCUCCAGGAAAAUCUCCGUUUGGAGGGGUACAGAAGCCCUAUGCCUUCCCCUACCCCUCCGCGUUAACUGGGAUUGGGAUGCCCCUACCCCUUCACGUGAACGCGCAAAAUGGAGGGGAAGGGCCAAGGGGUUGGUCCAAGGGGUGAAAUGGGAUUCGGCCUUAGAGUCACCAGUUAACCUAACCUGCAUGUCUUUGGACUGUGGGGGAAACCAGAGCACCCGGAGGAAACCCACGCGGACACGGGGAGAACAUGCAAACUCCGCACAGAAAGGCCCUCGCUUAUUUUUUGCAAAUUUGAUAAAUAAAAACUUUUUACAAAACAUCCAACAAAAUAAUUUCUGCUUAGAAUAUAAACAAACCGGCGAAAUGACGGGAGCAAUUUGUGAAAAAUGUUAUAAUAAUUCUUGAAAAAUAAAAAAUAUACAUUCUUACCAACAAAUACUUUUAUUCCAUAUUUUGCUGCUUUUUUUUGGGGGGGGGGGUCUUCUUCCUCUUUUGGGUUUUUUUCUUUUCUUUUCUUUUUGCCAGUUGGCAAACCAACUUAAAGGUGCAUUACUGCUACUGACUGGGCUGGAGUGUGGAACAGAAGACUGGGGGGGGGGGCUAUAUUCUUUUAGCUAUUUCUGUUUCUUUUAAAUACUUGAUGAUAAUUUUUGAGUUUUGUUUUCAAGUAGAGUUUUUAUUUCGUCCUUGGUUGGUUCAGCAACACACUCUGCCAUUUUGUUUUUGCUAUUCAUGGUAUAUGAGCUGAUAGCCUAGUAGGAGAGUAGCUAAUCAGAGAGCAUGAUUGCUCAUAUCCAGUAAAUGUGGAUAGAAUAAUUUCUUUUCCAGGUCCAGAUUAUAUUUUGUGUCAUUUAUGUAUCCUUAGGAAAUACAGAGUCGCUUCUAUCAUGUUUCGGAAACCUAUGAAAGGUUUUGAUGUUUGUAUAUACCUUCAAAUGAUGUUUGCUCUCUGGACCAGAACUUUUUGUCAGUAAUGAUUCUCGGUGUAAGACUGUAACUUGGAAGAAAAAAAAGGGAUUUUAGGGGUUUAUUGUAUGAUUAAUAAACAUUAGAUUGUGUGGAGGGGUGUUGGGAAAUAAUGCAGAAAAAUUGACAGCAUCUUAUUGUCUUUUUUUUAAAUAUUAAACCUGAUGGUGAUCUCUAUUUUUUUCCUUAUGUGCAAAUUUAUAUAAAGUCUAAUUUAAUGCUUGUGCUUAUAAUUAAUUGUGCUUGUUUCUUGUGCUUGUAAAACUGUCUGAUUAAAAAUUUCCCAGUAGAUGGAGAUGUAA